AUGCUGCUUCCUUCAGAAGAUGCCUUUCGUUCCUUCCCUUUCAUACCCGCGCAAGUAUCGCAGUAUUGGCGGCAAACCGUGCUGGCAACGCCUGCCUUGUGGUCAAACGUGGAUAUUUCACCUCCUUGGAACUUGUCCGCCAUACAAACUUACAUCGAUAAAUCCAAGGAAUCUUUGAUUGAUCUACGCCUUUUCUACGACUUCAGUAGUCCUGAUGAAUAUCCCUCCACUGACUCCGCACAUUCACUCGCCCAUAUCAUCCAACUUCACUACCGUCGGUGCCGUACCAUUGAGGUGUCUGGGGUUACCCAAACCACCUCCGCUAUAUUAGUGGUGUUGGAGUCAAUGCAGCACAGCACGUACCCCCACCUUCGACGCUUCUUAGUAGAGGGGAGAGAAAUGGCCGAGGCUGAUCAUGAUGUGUUGGCAUUGAGAGACACUCCGAUGCUCACCGACGUGCGUUUGCGGGGUAUGGGGUUGCACUACUUCCGCGUUCCGCUUACCAACGUCACUGAGCUUCAUCUGGCACCGGUGGGGUUCCCGCUGUCUUACGCGGCUUUUUGCACGAUAAUACAAUCGUGUUCCGCAUCGCUGAUCACACUGGUCGUCUAUGAUGCUCUCGUCUUCAACCUCGCGCCAUCGCACGUGUACGAUAUGCCUUUCCUACGCCGCAUUCACAUCUACGGAACGAUGAUUCCAAUCUCAGAGCUUCUGCUCUCCAUCUCAGCUCCGGAUCUGGAAGAAAUCUCCAUUGCGCCAUACACCAGGGGUGAUCUCGUCCUGCUGGAAGAAGACAUCAUGCACAAGAGAUCUCCCCGCUUUCCAAAGCUGAAAUCACUCACGCUAACGCUUCGCUCGACCUUCACAGAGAUGAUUGAAUCAGUGUUUGAUCGAGCGGAAUUUUGUUUUCCUGGAAUCAAUACGCUCGUUCUUCCUAGUUUUGACUGGUCGCUUAUGUUACAAUGCCUGACCAAUUCCGUAGUACCUCGGUGGCCUCAGCUGGAUGGCGUUGCACUUCGGGCCCUUGACGACGACUUCGACGUGCUUCAUCAAUUUAUUUUGGACCGCCAGGACGCUGGAGCACCCAUCCGGACGUUGUACCUGGACGCAGAAUCGGUCAAGAAAUUUUUGGUUCAUUACGAAGAUAUGAGGCAGAAGGUUUCUAUAGUAGUAGAGGCGGAUCCUUGGCUGACCCAACAGAGCGCUGCGUUUUAUUCUGAGCAAGAGUCUCGGUUCCUUGGUGAUGACUAG